AUGUCGACUCAAGCACCGGGAUUCACUACUGCGCCUUCGGACAGAGAUACACCACAACAAGACCGUGGGCUGUUCCACCAUGAAAGCAAGAAACAUGAAUGCCACCACUACGCCCGCAUGUACGGUGGUCAGGCUGCGAGCGCUAUGAUGUUCGGGUUUGGCGCGACAUUGGGCGCCGACGCUGCAAAUGCCGUAGUGGGAGAUAUGAAGUGUUGA